CUGACGAGCGAUCACCAAAAGCAGACCGAAGCAGCUGUUUUUUCAGAAAUGUCUUCAAAGAUUAUAUACUUUUUGGCCGCGUUGCUAGCGAUCUUUUGCUUGCUGCAACAAUUUGAGCGCACUGCAGCCGCGAAUACACAGCAGAUUCGACGCGCUUUUGCGCAUGAAAGGCUUGCAGCACGUAAGCAAUUGCAGCAAAAUACCAGGAAUCAAUUGAAUACGAAUCAAUACAAUAACCAAGACAAUGAGGACGAUUUUGAUGAAAAUGAUGAUAGGGUGGCGGAAGAUGAUGGCGAUGCCAAUAGUGAAGACGACUUUGCCAAUUCGACUUUAAGGAACGAGAACGCGAAAAAUGCCGCACAGGCGCAGGAACAAAACGAAGUCGAGGCUACUGUACGUCAACUCACCAACUCCGUGGAAGGCGUCGAUAAUGGGGGACGUGCACGUCGCCGUAGAAGGCGUGGUAGAGGUCGUCGUCGUGGUCGUAGAGGUGGACGCAGACGCCGUCGCCGUAGAGGUGGACGCAGACGUAGACGUGGUUAGACGUAAAAUAAUGGAAGUUGCUUAAGAAAAUAUUUUUGGAAUAAUUAAAAAUGCAAAAUACACAAUAAAUGCCACAAUUCUGAA